AAAAUAUCAGAAGCUAGUUAUGGUGCAUAAACGAACUGAACAGGAGAGGGAGGAAAAAAGAAAAAAGCAAAAAAAUAAAAAUGAAAUCAAAGCAUAAUCAAAUUAGGGUCUUUGGCCAGCGAUCUAUUCCUUCUUCAUUCAUCUUUGGAUCUUCAAAUUCUGCGAAGGAUUCAAAGGACGAUUUGCAAAAGAAGGGUCUAAACAAGAAUUCAAGCAUUUCACUCUCUGAUUUCCUUGACGAGAAGCUGCAAACUAAUUCUGUACUACCGAAAAUAGUUAAGGGGAAGUCAAGGCCUUUUAAGUCACCUGUAGGUCCUAAGGACGAUGGUGGGUCUAUCGAUCAUUGGAUUGCGAUAAAAAAGAAAGAGAAAGAAACGAAUUCUGUUGUUGAUCAAGUGAUUUUUGAGCAGUUUAAGCACACUAGUGCUGACAAAGUAGAUGGCAUAGGUUCAUGUGCUGAUGGUAGAGGUGCUGCUGAUGGUGCAAUAGGGACGUCCAGCGCAUUAUUGGGUAUUGGUUCAUCUCAUGUUCUUGAAAUAGGAACUUCUAAUUCAAAUAAUGAGCAAGAAACAAGAAAAAGGAGGAACCCCUUUGAAGACGGUGAUGGAAAGCAAGCUAUUCGAAAACAUUCCUUAGUUUUGGGAGAUUGUGCAGAGCCCAAGCAAAAAGUAAGGAGCAAGAGAUUCCUUAGCAACAAAAAAGCAAGACCUCUUUAUAAUCACUAUGCAAAUGGUUGUGGCUGGUGGGAUUGUGGCAUGGAAGGUGUUGACAGUGAAGAGGUAGGCUUUGGUGAAAUAUGGGAAGGGGUGGGCUCUACUACAUUUGGAGGAAUAGAGUGGCACUAAUUUCAUCCUUUUUGUUAUGGUAUGUUUGUAACUUCAUAUGUGCUAGACUAGAGAAUGAGAAUGCUUAUUUUAUUUCAAAUGCUCUUCAUUGUAUCUUCACAAGGCUGUCAUAAGCAUACUUUGGAUCUUGUAAGUUGUAACUUCAUAUGUUUGUUUAUUGUUUCUUUUUUUAUCAUUCAAGUCACUUAUUUAA